GUAAUGAUAAAUGAUAUCGUAUGCUUUCUCAAAAUGGGCAACUGAGGGGGGUGGACUUGUUCCUGACGUGGCAGGUGGCGUGGGAUCGGGAGUUCCUGGUGGUGAUGGCAUCAUAGGUGGUCCAAGGACUCCUCAGCAGGUUGCCGCACAGAAACGGUUGCAGCAGACUCAGGCGCAAGUCGACGAGGUUGUCGAUAUCAUGAAGACUAACGUUGAGAAAGUUCUUGAACGAGACCAGAAACUUUCUGAACUCGAUGAUCGAGCUGAUGCACUCCAACAAGGUGCGUCUCAAUUUGAACAGCAAGCUGGAAAGUUAAAGAGGAAGUUUUGGCUACAAAAUUUAAAGAUGAUGAUAUUUAUGGGAGUUAUCGGAUUAAUUGUGCUCGCCAUUAUAGUUGCGAAAUUCAUGCCGGAGUCAGUAUCUGCACCUCCGACUCCAGUCUACCAAUAUCCAAUACUAGAACCACCAGCAGCCGCUCCCGUGGGUAAAGCUUCAAGUGUGUCCCAGUUAAGCCCAGAUACCGCUGUUGGAUAUGCCAAUCUUUUGUAUUAAGGUUCAACAUCGUAUAAUUUACCACCUUUAAUCUCCUUCUCUUAUUCUUUAAUUCUGUACCAACUUUCUCGAGCAGAAUUA